AUGAUGUCGAAUCAAAGCACAGCUGCUGCACUGGCGCCGGAGCUGUGGACCAGAAUCGCCUAUUUCUGCGAUGACGAUACAGUACGAACUCUUUGCUCAAAUUCAAUCUCCAGGAGUAUCCGCGAAAGUGCUCUACUUAUCCGUUUUAGGGAUUUGAGCUUCACUGUCAAAUAUCUAUUUCCUGCCAAAGUGGAAAGCCAGGAACUCGAUUCAGAAGAGUAUCGUGCUGUCCUUGUAUCCAAGGUCGACUCUUCUCGUGAAAGAUUUGAUCAGCUUUCUUCUAGUCGAUUUGUCAGCUAUGUGCGCUACUGGCGGUACGAAGGACCUUUUUCAGAGUUUGGGUCCGAGUCGGAUGAUGAUCUGUAUACGAACCAGGAACCGACGAGCGAUCAACUUGCAGCCAGCGAAUACAACGACAUCAUGUGGCCUAUCUUUACAGGAUAUCUUCGGAAGUAUAAUGGAUUAACGGCCCUCCACUUGCAAAACGUUGACAUUGAUGAUAAAGCGGUGGUCUCUGUGAAUGCAUUGGGCAACCUACAAACUCUCGGGCUAGAAAAAGUCAAAGUUUCUACUGCCAUGAAUCUCGGACGUCGUGGAAGUCAUAUACAGCAUCUUUUAUACGUGCCAGACAAGGUCCGCAGCGACUUCAUUGUUCAACUGUACAUAUCUAUGCAGUACUACAAAUUCCAAGAAGUAUGUCUAGAUUAA